AUGGUGAAGAAGCGGUAUGCAGUGUCGGGAGCUGGCUUUGUAAGCGACAUGUCAUCGUCGGUGCUACUGCUUCAUCUCAUCUCGGAAGUGCUGGAGAUCAAUCUGUUUGAGGAUCCAAGAGUGGUUCCCACUCCAACGACACAGCAAGGAUUCAUCAGCAACGUGGCGGUGUGUCUGGAGCUGGUGGCUGAGCAGGGCAUCAAGGUCAACUGCCGGUCGGAGCAAGUCGUGGAGGGUAUGGCGGAGAAGACGGUGUAUUUGCUGCUCCAGGUGGCACGGCACUACUACCAGACCAAGCUCACGCUCGCCGCUGAUGAGGGCGAGUCAGGAUCCAAGAAGUUCAACUCGUUCCUCCUCGGUGCAGUCCGCAAGUUCCUCGGCAGGUUUGGCUUUGGCCGGGUGGUCGACAAACACUCGCUGAUCAACUUUAACAAGAACUGGGUCGACGGCGUGUUCUUUACGGCGCUGGCCAAGGCUGCUCUGCCGAGCGUGUUCAAGGACGUGUCCAUGCACGACUUGCUGAGCGCAAGCAACAAGUGCGGCAACAUCGACCGAGUUGUCAACGCCUUCCACAAGCGGCUUGGCCUGCCCAAGCUCAUCACUCCCGAGCUGUUUGUGGCCGAGCCGGAGGAUUGCACGCUCCAUCUUUACCUUGCCAUGUUUCUGGAGCAGAUGGCUGGAGCCAAGCCCGGAGAGGGCUUCUCCAAGUCUUCCACGUCUGUGGCCGACGAGCAGACGCAGAGUCUGCGCGAGCUUGUUGCCUCGCUCAAGACCAAGAUUUUCGACAUGGAGGCGUCGUCGCAGGAGAUGCUCCAACGGAAUGACGAGCUGCAGCUGCAGCUGUACGACACGCAGGCCGAUGCUAUUCCGCUGCUGGAGAAGAUUGACCGAGCGCAUGCCGAGCUGGAGACGGCGCGGACCAAGAUCCAGACGCUGCGUGACGAGGUGUCUGCGUUGGAGGCGUCGCGAGCCCAGGUGGUGGCCGAGGCCAAGCGGCGGCUGCAACUGUCGGAGGAGGCCAAGGCCGUGGCCGAGCGGCGGUUCAAGGAGGCGCUCGCCCGGUCGCAGGAGAUCGCCAAGCAGUGCCGGGCGCUCAAGGUCCAGUUUGACACUAUCAUUGAGGAAAAGUCGAAGCGUGCAUCGGACGACGUGGUUGCGCCCGAUGGGCACGUCACCAUCAUGUUCACCGACAUCGAGUCGUCGACUGCGCUUUGGGAGCACGACGCUGAGAAGAUGGCGGAAGCGCUGCGGCAGCACAACUCGGUCAUCCGCAAGGCGCUUUCGCAGUACAAUGGGUACGAGGUCAAGACCGAGGGUGACGCCUUUAUGGUCGCCUUUUCGUCGGGCUGGUCCGCCAUUCUCUGCGCCAUCCACAUCCAGCGCGAGCUGUUGCGAGUUGCAUGGCCCGAGGCUAUUCUACAGACCCAGACUGGCGCGCCGCAGUACAACAACAAGGGUACCCUCAUCUGGCGCGGUGUCCGCGUCCGCAUGGGCUUGCACGCUGGCGAGCCGGAGCUCCGCGAGGAUCCGGUUACCCACCGAGUCGACUACUUUGGGCCAAUGGUCAAUCGGUCGGCACGGAUUGAGGGUCACACGGCUGGAGGGCAGGUCAACGUCUCGCAGGCUGUCUUUGACGACGUCUGCGAGCUACUGGAGGCGUCCGAGGAGCUCGAGUACAAGCUGCUUGGUGAGUUUGACCUCAAGGGCAUUCGUGAGAAGAUGAACAUCUAUCAGAUCAUCCCCUACGGGCUCGAGGACCGGAUCUUUGAGUCGUCGCAUGGCAACUCGGCAGCGACGGUCAAGCUCAUUGGCGGUGAUCCGGACCAAAUCCAGCAUGCGGUCGACGACCUCGUCCAAAAGAACGACGCGGUCCUAGCUGAGCUCAACGAGGCCGGCGAGCUCAUCUCGCAUGUAGACAAGGAUGCGGCGGCGUUGCUGGAUAACUUUGAGCGGAUGCAGCAGGUGACCGAUCCUGUUGUGCUGCAGGCGCAGCUCGCCGAGGCCUUUACCCGGCUCGAGCAGCAGAACCAGACGCAGAGCGAGCUCCGUGCAACGCUCGAGAUCCACCGAGCUGAGACAGAGACACUGUCGCGGACGCUCGCGACAGCGCUGGCCCAGGUCAAGGAUUACCAGUCGAUGUUCUCGCGCAUGCCAGCCAAGUCUGUCCGCGCUGCUGCCGACGACUUUCUCAAGCUCGCCAUCUCGCCAUCCGAGUCCGAGGCCUCGCUUCGCGCAGCGCUCGACCAGGCGCGGUCAACUAUUUCGACGCUCGAGACCGAGCUUCGGCUUCUCCGGCGGCGGUUCGGCGAGAUGAUGUCGUUGCCUCGGGCGCAAGCACUCGUUCUCAGGCCGGUCGAUCCACUCGCGGCCAGCGUCGCCUAUGCACUCUUUUCGGUCUCGAACCUCGGCGAGCUGGGCGGUGACGUCGGCGCAGCGCCUCUGCGGCUGGGCGGAAAGUCAAAGUCGCGGUCCCGGCGGUCGACAUCGGUGGCAACUAUGUCGCCGGGCUCCUCGCCGCCGAUCUCCUCGCCGCUGGUUCUGCCGUCGCCGACGGCGUCGCCGUCGUCUGCGGUGGCGCGGCGGAAGCUGUCAAGUGGCAAGCGGACGCCCAAGUCAGCGCGAUCAAAGGACCAGCGGUUCUCUGGCUCGGUUCCGGGUCAGUUCUCGCCGAUACCAGAGAUUUUCGCCGGGUCGGCGUCGGUGAAGCUCUCGCCGGGCACACCGGUGGUGGAGACGCCGGUGGGCAAGGUGACCAAAGUGCGCGUGCGGACGCGGCGGCGGCGGCAGCGGUCGGACUCGUCGAGGCGGCGGCGCAACCGGCAGCUCUCGCUUUCGGGGUCGCGGUCGGGCGGGUCGUCGAGCAGCGCGCGAUCGCCUGGCGGCUCGCCAUCGCCAGACGUUGUUGUCGUCUCAUACUCGAACGCCAAGCUGGCUGCAGCCGGAACCAGCCAGAGCGACAGCGAGACCUCGUCUGACUCGUUUGCGUCGCUCAACUCAUCGGCGUCGUCCAACGAUGACAACACAUGUCCGCUGUCACCGUCGGCAGCGCAGCGAGGGCGGCGGCAGAAGAUCGAGAACAACCGGCGUAAUUCGGAGGCAAAGCGGAUGGAGGGCGCGGCGAGGCCGUUCCGUGCGCGCAAGACACAGUCGUCGGAAUUGCUGAUGACGACCGAGCCGGCAACGCGGGCGCAGCGGAAGCGGGCUGGGAGUGGUGGAGAUGACGGGCGGGGCUCGGGCUCAUCAUCACGCAAGGCUUCAGGCUCGUCGUCCAAGUCGCGAUCGCGCAAUUCGGGCGAGCGCGACAUUGGGCUCCGGGUCCAGGUCGAUCUGUUCGAGACGGGCACGGGCCGGCGCCGUGGAUCAUCGAGCGUCUCACCCGAUGGGUAUGGGAGCCGGUCGCCGCCGCGGGCGGCAGGCAAGGUGCGAACGCCUGGACGACUCUCGAGCCGGCGCUCGCAGCAAAAGCAGCAGCGGCCGACCAGCAUCCGGGAGAAGAAGCGGCUUGCCAAGGGCAAGGAGGAUGCGUGGUCGGGGUCUGGCGAGUGA